AUGGACCCGGAUGUCUCUAACCGGAAGGAGUUUCGGGUAGAUUGUUCUGCGUCUGGACAUCCCGAAUCGAGACGCGAUUCAUCCGAUUGCAGCGGAGGAGGAGGAGGAGCGAGGUAUAAGCUGAUGUCUCCGGCGAAACUCCCGAUCUCGAGAUCGACUUGCAUCACUAUUCCUCCUGGGUUAAGUCCGACUUCGUUUCUGGAGUCUCCUGUUCUUCUCUCCAACAUCAAGGCAGAACCUUCCCCUACUACUGGUUCAUUGUUCAAACCUCAGGCAGUUCACGCUAAUUCGAGCUCCUUUACAGCAAGAGCAAUCCAUCAAAAUAUAUUGGAUAACGAUCAAAAGUCCACCGAGUUUGAGUUUAGACCUCCUCCUGCAUCCAAUAUGUUCUAUGCAGAGCAUAGAAAGGAAGCGCCACUCCAAUUCCAAAGCCAAGGCUACAGUUUCAAACACUCACCACCUUCGGCCACUGAUGCUUCUGCUUCCUCAAGCCAACAAACUGUUCCUCAUCAGACAACCUCCGAGAGAUCUGAUCCAGACGAGUCAAUCCAGACAUUCCAGAACGAUUCCAGAGGGAGUGCACCGUCGUCGUCGAUCUUGGCUGAUGAUGGCUACAACUGGAGGAAAUACGGUCAGAAGCACGUCAAAGGAAGCGAGUUUCCACGGAGCUAUUAUAAAUGCACACAUCCUAACUGCGAAGUGAAGAAGCUGUUCGAAAGGUCUCACGACGGGAAGAUCACCGAGAUUAUAUACAAGGGGACGCACGAGCAUCCUAAACCUCAACCUAGUCGCCGGAACUCAGGUGGUCUUGUUAUGCCGGCGCAAGAAGAAAGAGUAUCUUUAAACGGCCGAGAUGAGAAGGGAUCUAGCUUAUACAAUUUGUCUCCUCCUCUCGAGCAAAACUGUAAUCCAGAUGUAUCUCCUGUCUCUGCAAAUGACGAUGGUGGAGACGCUGUUGCAAUGUCAAAUAGGAACAACGAUGACGUGGACGACAAUGAUCCGUUCUCAAAACGGAGGAGGUUAGAGGGAGCCAUGGAGAUAACCUCACUUGUCAAGCCCAUAAGAGAGCCUCGCGUCGUUGUUCAGACUCUGAGUGAAGUUGACAUAUUGGAUGAUGGGUAUAGGUGGCGUAAAUACGGACAGAAAGUUGUGAGAGGCAAUCCUAAUCCCAGGAGCUAUUACAAGUGCACAGCUACUGGAUGCCCGGUGAGAAAACACGUGGAGAGAGCGUCACACGAUCCAAAAGCUGUUAUAACCACAUACGAAGGCAAACACAAUCACGACGUACCAACCGCAAGGUCUAACAACAACAGCAACAACAAUAACCACCAUCAUGACAUAUCAGCAGCACCGAGAUGCAGACCAGAAGAGACCGCCGACACAAUCAGCCUCGACUUAGGUGUUGGAAUCGCAUCUGGCGGUCCUGACUAUGACCAUACAUCAAACGAGCAUCCGCAUCAGCAGCAGCAACAACAACAACAACAACAACAGCAAUUUGUACAUCAAACUCAAACCAAUGGAGCUGGUGGAUUCAGGUUUGUUCAUGGACCUCCCAUGGGGGUAUCAUACUAUGCUAAUAGCUUAAACGCCGGUGUGAAUCAUCAAUAUAACGGCUCGAGAGAAACCGCGAACGAGGCUCAAACAGGUGACAUUUCGACCUCUUACCCUUAUCCGCAUAACAUAGGGAGAAUACAAUCUGGUCCCUAG